CCACAACUCUAAUCUAUAGCACACAAAGCAUCUAAAUAAAGGCAAUUGUUUCACGGGGUCCCAUCAAACAAGCAUGCACUCACCACCCUCCUCAGAUUCCCCUCCAACUCCUUCCUAUCUUUCUGUCUCCCCGACUCCUAAAAGCUAAAUAUGAGCCUCUCUCUUAUCUAAAUUCCAAUUCUUAGAUCCUCUUCUCAUCUUCCCUUUAACCUCUCUCUCUCUCUCUCUCUCUCUCUCUCUCUCACCCACCUCCUCCUCCUCCUCCUAACAAGCUCCUAACAAGUGCAUGCUGCAUAAUCUUCUUUUCUCUCUCUAUGAGUGGAGAGGUGGAGCUGGCACCAAGUUGCUCUUCUCCUGGGUAGAUGGACGCCAUAUUUAGAUUGUUUAGACUGCAAACACCUGAUCCACAGUCUUGCCAAAAUUCCAGCUCGAAAUCCUCUAAAGCUCACUCAAAGCAGCAGCACCACCACCAUUACUACAUCCAUACAAGCUCUUUGCACCAACAAGAGCAGUGUCAAGAAGAAUGCGGCGUCGGCCGCUGUCAUCUUUACAUGGAUGAAGAAGACUUCUCCUCCUCCUCCUCCUCGUCGAAGCACCACCGACACCGUCCUCUCUCCGCCUCCGCCUCCACCACACCGACCCCGACACCACUUUUUAAUCCUAAUGACUUGUCGCUUCUCCGGGACCUCAGCCUCGACUUUUCCCCCGCGUCCUCUUCGUCGGCCAAUGCCAGCAGCGCCGGCGGCCGGUUGGCGUCGCAUCUGUUGCCGGAAUGCGCGCGCGCCGUCGCGGAGCGCAACAGCCAGAGGGUGCAGCAGUUGAUGUGGAUGCUGAAUGAGCUCUCCACCCCUUAUGGCGACGUGGAUCAGAAGCUGGCCUCUUACUUUCUCCAGGGCCUGUUCGCCCGCCUGACGUCCUCUGGCCCGCGCACCCUCCUCUCCCUCUCUGCCGCCUCUGACCACAACUGCUCCUUUGACUCCACCCGCCGAACCGCCCUCCGUUUCCAGGAGCUCAGCCCCUGGUCCUCCUUCGGCCACGUCGCCGCCAACGGCGCCAUCCUCGAGUCCUUCCUACAGAGCUCGUCUUCGAGCCGCACGCAGAGGUUCCACAUUCUCGACCUCAGUAACACCUUCUGCACGCAGUGGCCGACGCUUCUUGAGGCUCUCGCCACGCGAUCGUCCGAUGACACGCCGCAUCUGUCCAUCACCACCGUCGUGUCGUCACCCUCGUCGUCGUCGUCGUCAGCCCCGUCGUCCUCUAUGCAGAGAGUCAUGAAGGAGAUCGGGCAGCGAAUGGAGAAGUUCGCGAGGCUGAUGGGUGUCCCGUUCCGGUUCAACGUAGUUAAUCACCCCGGAAACCUGCUGGAUCUCGAUCUCGACCGGCUCGACCUCCGGGAAGGCGGUGCCGCCGCGCUCGCCGUCAACUGCGUCAACACGCUCCACGGGGUCUCCCCUGCCGGCUGCCGCCGCGACACUCUCUUCGCCGCCUUCCGCCGGCUCCAGCCGAGGAUCCUCACGAUCGUCGAGGAGGAGGCCGAACUCGACGCCGCCGCGGGAGGGGAGGAGGACAGGGAUGCGUUCCUGAAGGUGUUCGGCGAGAGCUUACGCUUCUUCUCGGCGUACUACGAGACGCUGGAGGAGAGCUUCCCGCGGACGAGCAACGAGCGGCUGGCGCUGGAGCGGGCGGCGGGACGGGCGGUAGUGGACCUCGUGGCGUGCCCGGCGGCGGAGUCUACGGAGCGAAGGGACACGGCAGCCGGGUGGUCGAGGCGGAUGCAGGCGGCGGGGUUCGAGCCAGCGCAGUUCAGCGAUGACGUGGCCGACGAUGCAAGAGCGCUGCUAAGGAGAUACAGGAAGGGUUGGUCAAUGAGGGUAGCGGAGGUGGCAGGUAGAGGCGCCGGGAUAUUCUUGGAGUGGAAGGAGCAGCCGGUGGUGUGGGCGAGCGCAUGGAAGCCAUGAGAGAGACAGAGAA